GCCUCCACAGAAUAUCAAAAGAAACCAGAAGAGCCUACAAAAAGAGACAAAAUUCAAGAAAACACACACAUACAUAAUUGUGGUGACCUGGAGCCUGGAGGCUGGCCCAGCUCUCUCAGGAUUCUGAAGACAUUGGAGGUGGCAGUGAAGGAGACAGUGGUAGUCAAUGUUAUUUGAGCAGGGUCAGCAGGCCCUGGAGCUUCCUGUGUGCACAAUGCAGAAGGCUGCUUACUAUGAAAACCCAGGACUGUUCGGAGGCUAUGGCUACAGCAAAGCCACUGACACUUAUGGCUACAGCAACCCUCAUCAGCCCUACCCACCCCCUGCUGCUGCCAACUCCCUGGACACUGAUUACCCAGGUUCUGCCUGCUCCAUCCAGAGCUCUGCACCUCUUCGAGCCCAGGCGCACAAGGGAGCUGAACUGAAUGGUAGCUGUAUGCGGCCUGGCACUGGGAACAGCCAAGGUGGGGGUGGUGGCAGCCAGCCUCCUGGUCUGAACUCAGAGCAACAGCCACCACAACCCCCUCCUCCACCACCGACCCUGCCCCCAUCUUCACCCACCAAUCCUGGAGGUGGAGUGCCUGCCAAGAAGCCCAAAGGGGGACCCAAUGCUUCUAGCUCCUCAGCCACCAUCAGCAAGCAGAUCUUCCCCUGGAUGAAAGAGUCCCGACAGAACUCCAAGCAGAAGAACAGCUGUGCCACUGCAGGAGAGAGCUGCGAGGACAAGAGCCCGCCGGGCCCAGCAUCCAAACGGGUACGCACCGCGUACACGAGUGCGCAGCUGGUGGAGUUGGAAAAAGAAUUCCACUUCAACCGCUACUUGUGCCGGCCGCGCCGUGUGGAGAUGGCCAACCUGCUGAAUCUCACCGAACGCCAGAUCAAGAUCUGGUUCCAGAACCGGCGCAUGAAGUACAAAAAGGACCAGAAGGCCAAGGGCAUCCUGCACUCGCCGGCUGGCCAGUCCCCUGAGCGCAGCCCUCCGCUCGGCGGCGCCGCCGGCCACGUGGCCUACUCGGGCCAGCUGCCGCCAGUGCCCGGCCUGGCCUACGACGCGCCCUCGCCGCCCGCUUUCGCCAAAUCGCAGCCCAACAUGUACGGCCUGGCCGCCUACACGGCGCCGCUCAGCAGCUGCCUGCCACAGCAGAAGCGCUAUGCGGCGCCGGAGUUCGAGCCCCACCCCAUGGCGAGCAACGGCGGCGGCUUCGCCAGCGCCAACCUGCAGGGCAGUCCGGUGUACGUGGGCGGCAACUUCGUCGACUCCAUGGCGCCCGCGUCCGGGCCUGUCUUCAACCUGGGCCACCUCUCGCACCCGUCGUCGGCCAGCGUGGACUACAGUUGCGCCGCGCAGAUUCCUGGCAACCACCACCAUGGACCGUGCGACCCUCAUCCCACCUACACAGAUCUCUCAGCCCACCACCCGUCUCAGGGACGCCUGUCCGAGGCCCCCAAACUGACGCAUCUGUAGCGGCCGCCGCUGGUCCGAACUCGCGGCGCAAUUACCUCUCCUGCUUUGGUGGUGGGGGUGGCGGGCGGCGCCCGCGGGGCAGCUGGGGACCCCCUCCCUCGCUCUGGCCCUGCCGCUGCUCCGGGGUCUCAGGCCUCCAGCGGCAGAGGCGCAGGCGACCAGGCCUCCCCUCCAUGCGCGUCCUCCUUUGGGUGACUCGCCAUAAAUCAGCCGCAAGGAUCCUCCCCUGUAAGCCUGACAGUGCCACGUACUGCGGACCGAGGGACUCUAAUCUGGUAAUGGUGUCCCAAAGGUAAGUCUGAGACCCAUCGGUGGUGUGCCCUGCAGAGGGAUCAGAGCCCUGAGAGCCCUGGUCCUGGCCCGCGUCUAGCUUAGUUUCGGAGACCUUAAUUUAUAUGCUCCUUGGCGUCCCGUAAGGAUCGCAUCGGACUAAACUCUCUGUAUUUAUUUGAAGCGAAUCAUUUCGUUUCUCUGAUUAUUUAUCCUUGUCUGAAUGUAUUUAUGUGUAUAUUUGUAGAUUUCUCCAGCCGAGUAUAGGAACGCGCUUCUAGGCCUUGGGGCCACAUUUCACCUCUUUAGUCCCCUUGGUCUGAACUAGUUGAGAAGAGUAGUUUUGAACAGUUGUAACCGUGGCUGGUGUUUGUAGUUGAUGUAAAGGAUUAAGACCGAAAAUUGUCCUUCAUGGGUAGAGAGUCAGGAAACUCGGUGGCGUUGCAAGACACACAUUAGUCAGUUUUCUCAACAGCUAUAGUCCUCGCCACUCGACACAGUUUAUUGAUUUCAAAUUGUCUGAUACUAUUUGAACAAAUAUUUAGAAUAAAAAAAUUUCUCAGUC